CACUGAGGGAGCCACUAAACAAGCUGCUGCUGUGUGUGAGGCAUCAUAACGGCAGACCUUCACUGCAGACGGCGUGUAAGGGGAGUGGGGGUAAAAAAAAAAGAAAAGGGUGGGCGGUCUCCGCUAAUGAGCAAUUACAGUGCUCAUUAAGUGCGUGAAGGCCGCAAGCAGCAGUGGUCACGUGUUCAAACGGGAGAACAGGUUGCUUACCCUGUUGCGGCGUGGGAAGUGAGACUGGCCUGCACAGAUAACAACGAUUGAAUGUUGAGCUGCUUCACAUCUGUGUUGCAUCUGCAUGAAAGACCACCGACCUAUGGAACCAGUGAGCUGCUAUUCCAGCCCACUAGGAGAAGUAACAGUCGUGAUAGCGGUGGCCAGAAGUUGGUGUACUCGCUGCAACACAGAUGUGAAGCACUUUCAAGCGCGUUCACAGGAGAGCAAAAUCUGCAAGCAUUUUUGUCAUUUUAUACCAAAUACAGUACAUGUAAAUAUUUUAGUUUGUAAGCAUUUAGUUGUAUAUGCAACAUUUCUGACACAUCUUCAAAUCUGAGUUGCAUGAAUCCUCAGGUGACUGUCAGCUGCUAUUCCAGUCCAGUCGUCGUAACAAUAGUAGUUGUAGUAGUCAAGGGGUCCUGGGCUGGAGUAGCAGUUCACAGGAGCCAGAGAUUGGGGUACUUGAAUACAACACAGAUGUGAAGCAGUUCUAAGAAACAGAGCUUAUCCGCCUAACUUUUUCUAAGCCUAAAUAUUUACCAUAUAAAGUGAAAUUAUAUGCGCAAUGUAUCAGUAGUCAAAUGCUUGUAUAGGCACUGUCCAUGCAACGCAGAUGUGAAGCACUCAUAUUUGUGCUGCAUGAAAUCCGCCCACUUCGGGCACCCGUGAGCUGCCAUUGCAGGCCUGUAGUCAUAAUAAUGGUAGCAAUACAAGUAAUAAUAGUUCAAUGAGCCUAGGCUGGAAUGGGAGGCCGACUAAAAGGCUGGACUCCAUGCAACACAGUUGUGAAGCAGUUGUACGAAAGGACAAGGCGCAAAGAAGCUCCAAGCAGCGGCUGUGGGUGUGUGUCCGUUGAGAGAGGAUGAAAGUGACUCUGAGUUUGUGCGCGUGUGAAUGAGUGAUUGUGAGUGCGAUGGAGAAUGAGUGGGAGAACGUGAGCGAGCGCGCGUGAGAGUGCGCGAGCGCGCGAGCGACACACUGCCUUGACACACGAGUGCGCGUGUGCUUUUGCAAGCGAGUUGCGCCUGAGAGCGAGCGUGUCUAUGUGUGAGAGUGUGAAUGAGUGGGCGCACGUGGGAUUGCGCGCGAGUGUGGAAGCGGACGCCGCACCGAGUGCGCGUGGGCGUUGCCACGGCGACCGCUCCGCUCGCCGACGUGACGCAACGCGCAGAGCGCGCGCUCCCUGUAACCAUCGACACGAAGAGACGAGCUACGCCAGGGCGCUGUUGCACUGCCCGUGCCUACGUGGCAGCCAUGUUGGCAGGGUCGACGUUGAUUUCAUUGAAAUUAUUUCCACAGAUUUUCAUAACUUUUUUUUUUUAUUCUUUUUUUUAAUUUAUUUUGUUUUUUUUUUUUCCAAAUCCAAAGCAUCUGCUUUGAAAACAUCAUCCCAUCAAAAUGACUUGACUUGUGAAAGUACUCCCAGUUCCCUUGUCGUAAUUAAACCUUAACAAGCUCAACACCCUGAGCGUCGCCGUAAGCACGCAGUGUCAUAUCUCCCCGUUUCAUAUCUGUACCGGUAACACUUUUACGCUCCGUUAAUCAUCAUCAUCAUCAUCAUAACAACCACUUGCUUGUCUUGUCUCGUCUUUGAGGCGUUCAGGGAGUUCACGUGCGUUCCGGAAUCAUCAGCAUCCUCAUUGGAGAGAGAGACUCGAGGGAGGGAGAGAGAGAGAGAUGGGGGGAGGGAGGGAGGGAGGGAUGGGGGGAGGUGGAGCGAGACAUCUUCCCAUUCGGCGACCACUCUGCAGAGGAGCACGUCGCUGCUGCUGCUGCUGCCCUGAGAGCGCCCUGUGCAGGAUGCGUCUUUUCCCGGCAUCGUCGUCAUCAUCCGCUUCUUCUCCCGCCAAGUGACUCCCGGCUUUGUGUCCUCCCCAAACGAGUGGCAAGCAGAAAGGGAAUAACAUCUGCUUAUCUGCGCCGCUCUAUGUUCCCACGGCAAGCGAGAGAAGAAGUGCAGAGAUUGGGAGCGGCGCCAAGGCAGCAGAGGCGUGAUGCGGGAUUAAGGAGCGGAGGAUCGGGAUUAAGGAGCACGGCGGCAUCCCCUGAGGUUUUUCCGGACACGUGGGCCGCACCUUCAGAUCACAGCGCCGGGUCAUGACCCAGUUGCCAUGCGCAUCGCCACGCUGACCUGCCUUCCCGGCCCUUUUUCCCCCUUCCUCUUUGCGUCGCUGUACUUCCUGUCGGUGGUUGUGGUGGCGGUCACCUCAUCCUCGUCCUCGUUGUCCUCGUGCCCAGACCACUGCACCUGCUCCAACCAGGCCAGCCGCGUCAUCUGCACCCGUCAGAGCCUGGACGACGUGCCCGACAGCAUCUCCGUCAACACCAGAUACCUCAACCUGCAGGAGAACGCCAUACAGGUCAUCAAGUCGGACACCUUCAAGCACCUACGGCACCUGGAGAUCCUCCAGCUCUCCAAGAACCAGAUCCGUCAGAUCGAAGUGGGUGCGUUCAAUGGCCUCCCCAACCUCAACACUCUGGAGCUUUUUGACAACCGCCUCACACUGGUGCCGUCGCAUGCCUUCGAGUACCUCAGCAAGCUGCGCGAGCUGUGGCUGCGCAACAACCCCAUCGAAACGCUGCCGGGCUACGCCUUCCACCGAGUGCCCUCAUUGCGCCGGCUUGACCUGGGUGAGCUCAAGAAGCUGGACUUCAUCUCUGAUGCCGCCUUCGUAGGCCUGGUCAACCUGCGUUACCUGAACUUGGGCAUGUGCGGACUUAAGGACAUUCCCAAGUUGACGGCCCUAGUGCGGCUGGAGGAGCUUGAGCUGUCUGGGAACAGGCUGGAGAUCAUUCGGCCCGGCUCCUUCCAGGGUUUGGUUUCACUCCGGAAGCUGUGGCUCAUGCACUCGCAGGUGUCGGUCAUUGAACGCAAUGCCUUCGACGAUUUGAAGAGCCUAGAGGAGCUCAACCUGUCCCAUAAUUCCUUACACUCGCUACCCCACGACCUUUUCACGCCGCUGCACCAUCUGGAACGGGUGCACCUGAACCACAAUCCGUGGGUGUGCAACUGCGAUGUGCUUUGGCUCAGUUGGUGGCUGAAGGAGACAGUGCCCAGCAACACCACCUGCUGCGCCCGCUGCCAUGCGCCCCCCUUCCUCAAAGGCAAAUACAUCGGUGAGCUGGACCAGAGCCACUUCACCUGCUACGCACCUGUCAUCGUGGAGCCGCCCACUGACCUCAAUGUCACAGAGGGCAUGGCAGCUGAGCUCAAGUGCCGCACCAGUACCUCCACCACCUCGGUCAACUGGAUCACACCCAACGGUACUCUGAUGACCCAUGGCUCGUACCGGGUGCGGAUUUCAGUGCUGCACGACGGCACGCUUAACUUCACCAACGUCACCCUGCGAGAUACGGGCCAGUACACCUGCAUGGUUACCAACGCGGCUGGAAACACCACGGCCACCGCCGUUCUUAACGUCACUGCUGCCGAUGUCAGCGUCAACUACACCUACUUCACUACAGUCACUGUGGAAACCGUGGAGACUCCAGGAGAAGAAGAAUCAGCUCUGGUGGCGAUCAAUGAGACCUUCAUCCGAGUCCUACCAGGACCUACCCCCUCGGCGCAUCUGUGGCCAGACGGCGUCACGACUACGGCCUCCUCGCUGUCCAUCGACUGGUCCUCGUCGUCCUCGCCACGUGCCACCCGGCCCACCUUCACUGUGCCCAUCACAGAGCCGGGCUUCUCUGGCCUGGACGAUGUGAUGAAGACCACCAAGAUCAUCAUCGGCUGCUUUGUGGCCAUCACCUUCAUGGCGGCGGUGAUGUUGGUGGUCUUUUACAAGCUAAGGAAGCAGCACCAGCUCCACAAGCACCAUGGACCUGCCCGGGCCAUCGAGAUCAUCAACGUGGAGGACGAGCUGGGCGGAGGGGCCGGCGGCCGGAGUGGCGGCGGAGGGGGCAUCUCAGGGGGCUGCGCCUUGACACAAAGCAGCGGAAUCGGGGGCGGCCAGAGCCUGAGGCGGCACCACUCGGAUGUGGUCUCCCUGCCCCACCUGACCCGCUCGGAGCACCUCAACUACUACAAGACUCACCACUUCAGCAACAACAUGGUGGGCCUGGGAAUGGGCGUCAACAACAACAACAACCCACUGCCAUGCUCCCAGAACAUGACCAUGUCCUGUUCCCAGGUGCCCAGCUCCAUGGGCGGCGGCCUGGGGACCUGCGGCACUCUGCCCACCCCGGUCCCGCUGCCUCAGCUGAGUCUACACAGCUCCCUCAAGGGCCUCAUGGCCAAGGGGCAGAACGAGCCUCUGCUUUUUAAGAGUGGCUCCAAGGAGAACGUACAAGAGACUCAAAUCUGAGGGAACCUUCUACACCCCCCUGUUGCCCCCCGUCAUUGCGGAAGUAGGGGGGCGGUCGUCCACAGAUGCCGCCUCAUCGAGCACACGCUCCCACCCACAUUCAGGUGACAAGCAGCUCUAGUUUUUGCCAAAGUCCCAAGUCAAGCCCACCGAUCGAACGCUGCAUCUUUUGUGGAUUAUUUCUACGGACCGGCUGGGUGGUCGGAAUGAUGGGAUGUGUCUCCACGUGGCUUCACGGACAAACCAGAGCUAUAAAAAAAAAAGAUGAGAAAAAAAAGAACAAAGUACUUGAUAUUAUUAUCUAUAAACGGUAAAUAUAUUUUCACUGGAAGAAAUAAAUUAUAAAGAAUCUUUACUGAGCCGCCGACAUAGAACGUGUGAAGAAUAUAUUUAAACAAUAUAAAAAAUUAAAAAAAAUCAUUGUCCUUGUGGCCCGCCUUUCAAGAUGGCUGCCGAGUGAAUCUAUUUUCUUUUUCUAGCCGGGCCCAUUUUGUGUGUGGGGGGGGGGGAAAGGGGGCGUGGCACUCACACCAACAGGGUCAGUGGCGACGUGCUGUGUAGCAUAAAUAAUAAUAAUAAUAAUAAUAAUAAUAAUAAUAAAAACAAUAAUAAGCAUUGUAAGCUCACAGUGUACAUAGUCCCAAAUGGCUGCUCGCUAAUCACCAUCUUUGGAUUCACCUGUUAGCGUUAGCAUUAGCAUUGUUAUUAUCACUGCGUUAGCUCUUUUUUUUCUUUUCUUUUUUUUCUUUCUUUGUACUCUUGAGGGUCUUUUUUUAGCGGACACAAAAUGACAUCAGAAGCGGGACAGUCGAGAUUGGAAGGUUUUAGUAUUUCACUCGCUGACUGCAGUUUUACGAAGGUAAGCGGCGCUCGUCGGUGGGACAAAAACAAACAAAAACAAACAAAAACAAACAAAAAAAACA